AUGACUAUCGAAGAAAUUGAUAAUUUGAUUCUUAUAGCUCAAACAACACAUCAUUUUAUUUUUGAUACAGAGUAUGACUAUCGUACAAAUCAUCUGGCUCUGAUUCAAAUAUUUUUUAUGCUUGAUACACAACAAAUUUCUCCAUUAUUAAUUGUCGAACUGUUUUUUAAAAUUUGGUUUGAUGAAUGGUUACAAUGUUCAUUAUUAAUUAAAGAUGAUACUAUAGAUACAAAUAAUGAUACAUUAAUCAUUACUGCACCUGUUAAUGAUCCAACAUUAUUUCUAUCACCCGAAACAAUUAAUCGAAUUAAAUUAAUAAAAAAUGAAGCCUGGGGUCUUCAAGAUUUGAUCGCAUAUAUAUUUCAUCAAUAUUUAUCUAAGAAAUAA